CCAUGGCGGCCGGGGCCGUUACCUCGCUCUCCGCGCUGGCGGGGGACGCUGGCGACGCCUUCCCGCCCGGGAACUUCACGGACCCCAAGCAGCUGUAUUGCAAGAACGGGGGCUUCUUCCUGCGCAUCCACCCCGACGGCCGAGUGGACGGCGUCCGGGAGAAGAGCGACCCUCACGUCAAACUACAGCUUCAAGCAGAAGAACGAGGCGUGGUGUCUAUCAAGGGCUUGUGUGCGAACCGUUACUUAGCUAUGAAGGAAGAUGGAAGAUUAUUGGCUUCUAAAUGUGUUACAGAUGAGUGCUUCUUUUUUGAACGGUUGGAAUCAAAUAACUACAAUACUUACCGGUCACGGAAAUACUCCAGCUGGUAUGUGGCGCUGAAACGAACUGGGCAGUAUAAACUUGGAUCCAAAACAGGACCUGGGCAGAAAGCCAUACUUUUUCUUCCAAUGUCUGUGAAGAGCUGAUUUGUACAGCACCAUCUAAUCUCAUUU